GACAAUUUGUUUAAAAAUUAGUCAUUUACCUAAAUGUAAAAAAACAAAUAAAUAUAACAGAUAUUAAAUAUCUUCCCAGUCACGGGGGGAACAUAUUCGUGUGAUAAAAUAAGCUUUCUAGCCUAAGAAGAAAAAAAAGUAAAAAACAUUUUGUAACACAUACAUACAGAGGAUAUUGCUGUACGUUUUUAGCCGUCCUUCACGCCCUCCGAUGCCUCUUAAAGAUGUUAUUAUAUACAUAAAUAAUACAAUAACUAUUGCGUCUCUACUUUGUGGUUUUCCGCCAAGCGAGGGUGAAAGACCAGGGGCCACUGUGUUGUUUACUUUAAACUGACCACAGGUAGGAAUAUGAACUGGUAACCUGCUCAGUGUUUCUCAUAUUCAAGACAUCAGAACUGACAUCGUGACACAUCUUUCCUCUUUGGGAUCUCUGAAGGCUGACAGGGACACCAGCGUUUGAGAGCCGGCAGCCGUGGCGGUGGGUGGGUCAGAGGGUGAGAGGGUGAUGAUGUUUGCAGCAGUGAGCGUGCCACAUGAGCACAUGAGGGCAGUAAUGUGAUACGAGGCGAGCAACAGCAGCUAUAAAAGAGACAGAGGAGCCAGGAUGUCCAUCAGAGCUGGACAUCAGUGGACUUUAGAGGAGCUGCACUCAGUCGCCGUCACAUCUUUCACCUCAGAGAUUCACCUCAGGAUGGGACUGCACAGCGUCGAGGAGCUGGUGACCGGUAAAAGGUCGGAGGGUAAAGAAUCGGCUGAUUUCCAGGGCGGGGAGUACGAGGCAGCUGUCAAUCAAGAGAAACGCGAUGACUGCCGCUCACACGUUGGACAGGGAGUGGGUGGAGGUUUGUCUGAGGAGAGCGACAGUGGCGGAGAGCAGGAGGAAGUCAGCGUUGCAGCCCUCAAUACAGAUAAGUGUGGACGCCUGAGGCUGGAGACAGUGGACGACCUGUUCAACAUCCUGCAGCUGAGGAAGAGGAGGAGACAGAGGAAGAGUCCAGUUCCAAAAAAGAAAGAUCAGGAAGAACAGCCACUGCCAGAGACCGUGGAUGAGAAUAUGUUUCUGACCGCAGCCAUGGAGAACAAGCUGCCUUUGGUGGAGAAGUACUUGAGAGAAGGAGGAAACCCCAAUGUUGCUGACCAUUUCCAGAGAAAUGCUCUACACAAAGCUUCCUUCAAAGGACACACAGACGUCAUGAAAUGUCUCCUGGAGGCCGGAGCCCACAUUGAGAGAAAGGACAAGCUGGAUGCCACAGCUGUCCACUGGGCCUGCAGGGGGGGCAAUGUAGCAGCUUUGCAGCUCCUCCUAAAUGAGGGGGCAAAGGUCAUGUCAAGAGAUAAGCUCCUCAGCACACCCCUCCACGUCGCAGUGAGGACCGGACACUGUGAAUGUGCCGAGCAGCUGAUUCACUGUGGAGCUGACGUCAACGCCAAAGACAGAGACGGAGACACGCCGAUGCACGACGCUGUAAGAAUCAACAGGUUCAAGAUGAUCAAGCUGCUGAUAAUGUACGGAGCCAGUCUGAACACGAAGAACAGCGAUGGGAAAACUCCAAUGGAGACUCUGUACUCGUGGCAGAAUGGAGCGAAGAGCCUGCUGUCCAACUCUGAUGAGAAGAAAGCACACACAUACUUGUCAUGAACGACAGUCGACACAAUGUCAUCAGUGGAAAAGAAAAAACAAAUCUUUUCCUCACUGAGUCUUCUCUUAACACAUCCUCAUUCAGGGAGAGCGUAGGUGUGAAGAGUUCCUCCUCUUCAUCACAUGUCGACUGACAGAUACCGACCCCGCCGCCUCAGGUGACAUUUGUGGUGAACUUAUCUCAGGUUGAGGGUUUUUAAACGUAUUUCUGAAACCUUAUGAUCAAUAAUGUGAACUCGGUGUUGUUGGUAAUGUGAUUUUACUGAUCGCCACAGAUUGCAGGGCAAUGUUUGGGCUGAUGACACGAAGAGGUUUUUUUUUCUUCUUUAAUGUAUAAUCUAAAGCUGAGUUGAAGUCAGCAAAGGUGCAUCGAGAAGGUGACUUGUUUAUUUAUUUAUUUAUUUAUUCCUGGCUGCUGACAGCCAUCGACCCACUGGUUUGAUUGAUUUGCAUCACCACACUUCACUUAAUAACUGAGUGAUCUGUUGUGUAGUUGAGUUAAACUUUUGUUAAUGUGUUUGUCAGCUGUGUGAAAACGACUCCAGGACAGUGGGAAACCUGUGUUUAAGACAGAGUUCAGACACUGGGGAAAAUGAUUGGCACCACCUAGUGAAGGUCUUAUAUAUAAGACAUAAAAUGAACAUCAGCUCAAGCUGUCAUGUGUUCCGUAAUUUGUUCCCUCCAAUAACCAGGUAGUAAAGAAUUUACUCUCACAAAGAUAAAAUUAGUGAUUUUUAGCUCGCUAAAAAAAAAAAAAGUUUUUUUAAAACUUCCUACUUCUUUGAGUCUUUUUUUCCCCUGUGGACAUGACAAACAUAUUUUCUCAAGACCUGGUCUUGUUAUUGUAUGAUUUGAAGCCUUUUGAGGCUGAGAAAUGUGACGGCACGAAGUAGGUGAUUGAAUCGGAUUAUCCCUCAUACAUGAGAGGAGAGAAAGUGUUGAAAUCACAGCUGGUUCAGAGAAAUGUCUGAAGAAAGUGUGUGGAAUUAACCAGAUUUGUAUGUAUUGUCAAAUAUGUUUAUGAUUGUUGGCUUGUAUUAAUGGAGUGACUCAAUAAACCAGAUUUUGUGACUAAUUCUAGAAAUAAAGUCCAGAAAUAAACUCUUUGACUUUCUGGUGUUGGCACAAAGCUGCAGAACCAAGAGACAAGACAAGAGCAAGAGACCCUAAUGAAGAGUGGAACAGAAGGGCAGGAAAUGUUGUCAUAGCUCUGCAUAGUCCCAGCAGACCAUGGACUAUUACUUUAAAUUAAAUGGAUAAUUUUCUUAGCAGACGCUCACUUUAGCUUCUUAGCCUCUGGAACUAGUUUCAUGAAUAAUGAACCUGUGUUCCUGUUUAUAAUUGAUGCACAGUACUUUCUCAGUGUUGGACACACCCUGAACAGUUCACCGGAC